AUGAAAGAGGAAUUGGGUAUUUUAUCUGUUAAGGAUGAUGAAAUUAAACAACUGAAAAGCAGGUACCGUAAAAUAAAAAUGAUAAAUAAUAGAGACUGUAGUUGGCUAGGAAAGUGUUACUUGAUCCUGUCACAUCCCAGUUUGAGCACAACGUGAUCUUAAAAUCCAGGAUAAAACAUUUUUUUAGUACUCUCAAGCCUUCAGUUCCACCUUCGAAUCUUUAUCAAGAGAUGGAGUUGGGCGUUGUUGUUGUUGUUUUCUUUUCUUCGUCUUGGUAGUUCGCGGAGAGCUCGUAACCGGCGUCCAGGUUCAAUUUUGGAGCCCGAUACUUACUCAUUCCAAGUCAUCUUCGCAACGUUCGUGGCUAUGGAUGACAGCGGUAGCGGGGGCUGUUGGGCAGGGAGAAAAGAAGAAGACUCUCCCUCCCUUGCCUUCCUCCUAAACCAUUUACCCCUCUGUGCCACUAAUAGCCGCAGCCCCAAUUUGCUUCAAAAUUUCUUAAAAGUUGCCCGAAGUUACUGCUCUAAAAAGUUGCUCCUUAAAUUAAAUCAUAAUGACGGCAAUUUUUCCUUUUUUACAAGACAAAUGUCGAUGGUAAAGUACUAUAUAAUGCAAUUUAAAACCACUGCUUUCUUAACCUUUUUUAAACCAAUCUGCGGCCGAUGACGUUUUAACAGAGGCAAACCUAACAACUUAAGUCUUCCCUGUAACAAUGUCUUUCUCGUAGUCUUUCUUUUGACCAUUGUUUGAAAAGACCCUAAAUCAGUCAGUGUCAUUUGCUUAAAAAGAAUGUUGCGAGACGAGAACCCAUUAUCAUCAAGAUCUGUCCUCUCUUUUGUUUUCACUACAACGCAACAUUACAAAGGCUUCAACGGUUUCCUUAAGUGCAUUCUCCUGUUCUGAAAGGUUCAGUUUUUUAUUCGAGGUAAAGAAGUGAGAGCUGGACGUUUCUUCCUCUGAACUACUUUGUUUCGAUGUUUGUCACCAAUAUUAUUUUAGAAAAACGUGGUCCUUUGUGCGAACCGCUGACGUUAAACCAUAAACGUUUUUUAAUUGCUAUCCAUAACAUUAAAGAACUAAAAUUUUCCCACAAGAAUACAUAACAAGGCGUAAACGGUAUCAUAGGACUGUGUAAUUCCAUGGAUAAUAGAAAGACUGGAUAGGAAACUGGCUGACGCGAUCGGUUCCAACAUAGUGGGAAAAUGUGACGUCACAUUAUCGACAGCCAUUCAACUUCUUACAUCCGAUGUUUUGCGCGUCUUUUAUACUUUUCAUCGCAUGUUUCAUAUCUCUGUCUUCGACUAUGCAGAUUUCUCAUGUUUUGAAGUAAAGGAUGAAGAGGACUUGCUCUUGGAGAAAACAGUUAGAUGGUACAAAACUGGUAGAGGCAAAAGACGGAGUAAAUGAUUAUGAAACUUGUGAGAGCGAAGAAUGACUCCAGCCUAACUACAUAAAAACUAGGCGAAAACUUACAUGUAUACAGGUACAAAACACCUAUAGAAAAGGCACAGCCUAAUUUUCUAGAAACCACAAGAAAACCGGAAAUAAUUUUUUAAUUUUAUUAAGGUUUUGACGAUUUCUUUUCUGCUUUUAUCGACAAGCUCAGGGAGUGUCGAAUUUUAUAAGUUAACAACCCUUGACAAAAUGAUUUUAUUAGCGGUAAAAGUACCCAGCUCAAACAAGCGUUUAAUUUUCCCUUCAAUUUUAUUUACGGACAACCAGUGACAAGAAGCCGUUUUUGAGAAAUGUAAAAAAGGGGGGGAAAGCUCACAGCAGAGAAAGGAAAUUUGCUUGCGGACCACCGUUUCUAACUUUUGCAAAUCUAUUUUCGUAGUGAAGCAUGCAAGUUGCUUUGUUAUUUUCAGGUAUAAAUGUACCAUGACCCAAGGUACUUUUUAGUCAGGUCUUUGAAAAAGCAAACUGCAACGCUUUUAAAAAUGUUUUGUAAAACGGUUAAUUGUUAACUACUAGGAAUACAACCCUGAAGCAUAGUAGAACCUCCACUUCCUUUUCAUGAGGAAACACUUGUCUUCCAUAAGUCUUAUUAAAACUUAUAAGUAUUUAUUAUAAAUACUGACCUUUUUUUAGGAUGAAACAAAGUUUAAGUUUUUGUGUAGUGUUAAUAAUAUUGAAAGGGAAUACUGUUAAUCACCCCUGAAAUAAACAUAAACACUGUUCCCAAAGAAAAAUAGAAGCUGCUUAUAUAUAUGUAUAUAAAAAACAGUAACAUCAGGGGUUAUGGGGUUUUUGUUUAGUCUGAGGUAAGUGGAUGAGGGAUUGAAAAAAUAUGACUGUCUAGUCACAUUAUCAUGUUGUUGAAAACAAAAUUCAUACCCCAAACAAGUAAAGGUACCGUGAAAUUCGAAAAUAAGCCCCUCCAUGUACAAGCCCCUCCAAAUAUAAGCCCCCCCCCCCCCGGGGGACUUGUACUUGGAAAAUUGCCCUCAAAUGCAUAGUAAAACAAAGCAAAAACGGUAAAUUCACUUCCAACUAUAAGGCUAGCCCAAUCGAUUUUGAAACGCAAAUUUCCCUCCGUAGAUAAGCCCCUCCAAAAGUAAGCCUCUCAAACAAAGGGCCUUUGAAAAAUAUAAGCCCCGGGGCUUAUUUUCGGAAUUUUACGGUGUGUGUUUUAUUAAUUUGAUUUAGAAUAUAUCUUGUUAAGGUUUAUCAUCUACAGGUACAUUGUUGCUUUGGAUCUCUAAAAAACCGAAUACAAUAAUAAUGCUAAUCAAGUUCAUCUUUGGUUUGAAAAACAAGAAUGUGAUCCAGAUAUAGACCGUUUCAGAGAAGAACACUAACCAACUUAAACACAUGACUCUGUAGCUAAUACAAGCGUUGACCCUCAAACACAGUUAAUUUGUCCCACUCACAAAGAAGUAAUAAAUACACUUCAGAAGUGAUAAAUAAACCUUCUGAUCAUAAAAAAUUUAGAUGCCACCUUCUGGCUCUCAUGCAUGACAAAAGCAACUUUGUUGCAUUUUACUACAGAAAGAUUGAUUGAUUUGUGCCCUCUCAGAAGAGUACUUGACCACAAUCUACUGUCUUCAUUGACUAUGUGUGUUCAGCAAAUCCUACAAUAAAGACAGACAAAAGGAAAAAUAAAACACUGUUUAAAAAGUAACAACAACACUUAGGAGCCUAAACGGAGGACAAAAAAAUGUCAGUAGGUGUUUUCCCAUUGAUGCAACAAUUAUUUAUAGCGGAGCUCCACACGCGCGCUUCGCGCGCGCGUGGGCAGAGCCCCAUAGCUUGGUAAAUCUACCCAUCCCAGAAAAUUUGGUAAUCACGUGACCGUACACCGUCCGCCGACCGACCGUCCGUCCGCACCACAGGACAACCAAUGUUUACUCUCACACUUAUAGCUAGUUUGGGAGCCCAAGAGAAAACUAAUUGCACAUCAAUGUUGUGAUCAAUUGACAGCUGUCAAAACAGGGCAUCCGCUGACCAGUAUCACCUGACCGUAGCGCGGGCUCAAGUGUCGACCCAUCGAAGCCGAGUAUUUUUUUGAAGUUAUCCGCUGACAAAUUACCAGUUUGAAAUGAUCGCAGGCUCAAGUUUAUUUUUUCCAAGGAUUCAUAUCAAAUAUGUUGUGUUUAUGUCACUAUGGCCCGCACUAUUAGGAUUUUGAUUUCAAACUGACUUCGGAAGCUAAAGUUCAGCCAGUUUUUUUAAAAGUACAGGCGGGGAAGACCUUAUCUUACCAUGGUCACGCGUUGGUCAUGCUCUACGUCCAAUUUUUAUACUCUGAUUGGUCAAAAUUUGACAGGUGAGUUCAUGCGAAAAAAUUAUGCAGCAUCUUGAAAAUUGUUUACUUUGACAGCUGAAGCUGAAGAGUUUUGUGUCAACUUGUGAUGUUUUUAACUGUCUUUUUCUUCUUGAUGUACAAAAUGAAAUACAGCUGAGAGUCAAGAGUCUUCUGUUAUUCAUGGCUGGUUUGUUUACUGGGGUUUUUGGUUGGGGAACGCGUCGCUUGUCAAAAUUUGGUAAUUCGAUUUCGGAUGGCAUCGUUUUCGUUUUUCACCUUGCUUAAUGCGUAAGAGGGUUUAAAAGUCUCAAGCAACUGUGGCCUUCCUCGAUAGCUUUCAGGAACUGAAUCUCGAAUGAUAAGCCUGAGUAACUAUUGUAUUUGAUGUUUGUUUUUGUUAUAUCUAAUUUCAUGAAGUCUUGCACAUUCACGCUGACAGUUUAUGCGGCAAGUUUAUGCAUGUUUGUAGCCGUAGUUUGAGUCAAUGAUCUGACCUAGUAUCAGGUUCGAACGGAUUGAUAUAAGCUUACAGAACUUUAAAAAGCCUUCAGAUAUAUUUGCUCACCACAGAUAGAAAGAAAACGUUCCGAAGAAUAUUUAGUUAUAAAUUUGGCUGUAGAAAGAAAGCUUUGAGCGAUUUUCUUGCUUCGAGGAGUUCACCUUGGAAAAUAGUAAACACCCGCGCCGGGAAGCCGGCUUAUAAAGCUUCACGCCGAGACUCAGGAUUUUUAGAGACACUUUAAUACUUGUCUUCAUGAAUGAAAAUUGUUAUCUAUGUAAAUGUUUCACCGAAUUAUAUUUCUUUUUUUGAUUGUUAGUAGUCUCUCUUGCAAUUUUAAUCGCUGGUCUGUGCCGUUUGUUUUCAUCGUUCAUGAACAUCGCUUGCAAGAGUACUCAAAAAUGUCGCGCGUAUCAAACGCUUUAUAAGAUUACACAUCGUUAUAACUGAAACCAUUAAAUAACAAAAACAAUAAUAAUAAUAAAUUCGCCAUUAUGUUGAAGCUUAACUCUAUUAAAGUUCAUUCAAUCACUCGACCAUACUGACAGCUCGCACUAUAGAAACGAGAACCGGCUGGCCAUAUGGGUGAUUUUGGAAAUUUUUGAACGGUUUCGCUUUACGAUGGAUCGUCCUGAAUAUUGACUGAGUGCAAUUUGUCUUGAAAAAUUGUGAAAUACUGCAUUCUGUCCGAGGUCUGUAUGAUAAAUAGUACUGUUUCACCUCAAAUGUGAUGUAUAAAAAUUAUAAAAGGUUGCUUUAAACACCCCCAGAUUUGUUGGCAAGAAUUUGUAAAGUAAACCUGUCGAACGCAAAAAAAUUCGGCGUGAUUUGUUUUCCAAGAAUUUGUUUUCGAGGCCUAAUCUACUGUGAUCUUGAAUGUGAUCGAAGAUGUUUGCUAUUUUUUGGGUGUACAUAUAAGGUUAUCAAUUCGAUGUAAGAUGUUUCACUCUAAAAUAACUUAGCCUUUCCCUCAAAAGUCACAUGAAUGUGCCCUUAAGUUAAAUGAUUUGUGGAUUAAAAGUUUAUUUUUUGAUUUAAAUUAUAAAUUUAUUAAUUGGAGCUUCGCUUUUAGCCCUGGCUAAAUCUAUAUAUUAGUUUAUGUAAGGGAAAAGUACAAAAAUUAUUCGAGUCUCUUCAGUGUCUUCGAAUACAAGCUGCGAGUAGCGACAUGAGGCGAUUCUAUUCACUGGAUAGGUAAUGCAGUAGUUUAAUUUGAACAUUAAAAGAUGAGCGAAAUUAACAUACUGCUUUACGAACAAUUAGCAGGGUUAAUAUGGGAUAUUACUUGAGCGAAACAGUUCUCAACACAAACUAAUCUACCUAUUGGAACUUUACACACCGUGUGCGUACGCUCGCUCGGUGCCAUCUCCGAAUGUAGUUAAUUUCAGCCAUUUUCAAUCGAAAUUUAUGGCUGAAAAAUAACAGCAUUCAGCCUGUAACUAUGGCUAUGCCACAAUUCCAUCCUUAAAACAUCUGUCAGUAGUAGUUAAGAAUAGAAACAAGAAGAAACCUUCAUAACAAAGGCGUCCCAAAAAAGUCGCCAAGUGUACUAAAUAUGGCUCUGGUAAGGGCAAUUUUCUCAAAGACAAGGACAAAUAACACAAAACAACAACAAGAAGUGCUUACCUCGAAGAUUCAACUGUGGCUUUGAAGGAUCGCCAUGGCCGUAAGACAACAAACAAAGAGAAAACACACACACCAAAAAUUAAAGUACCACUAAAAAAUCCGAAAAAAUUACAACAUGCAGGCAAAGAAACCCUACAUCACAGGUGGCCCAAGCGUGAUAUGAGAGUUUGUAUGGGGAGUAACGACAUUCAAACUUAUAUCAAAUAGAUGAACUAAAAGCGAUAAAAGUUAUUAAUUAAGUGUAAAUAUUGUUACCUCGUGUCCUUGUGUUUGUUUUUACGAAGUUUCAGCGCGAUUUGAGUACUUUCACAUCAUUUGACCUGACAGUGUAAUAAUCGAGCGAUUCUGUCCUACCUUGUCUCAAACCUACUCAAAUCGCGCUGAAACUUGGUAAAAACAAACACAAUGACACGAGGUAAUAAUAGUUACACUUUACUGAUAACUUUUAUCGCUUUUAGUUAAUUUAUUUUAUCUAAGUUUAAGACUCUUUAUUUCCCAUACAAAUUCUCGUGUUACGCUUGGGCCACCUGUGCCUACAUUUCGACAACACCGCGGCAAAACGCACUACGCAUGAGCGCAAAAUUUUACAUCCGGUCAGCUUUUUUAUUUCCGGUCCAGUAUAUAAACUAAUUGCGUAAGUAAGCAUAACUUUGCCGUCGCGCCAAGUUAAAAGCAAAAAGGGAGGAACAGACCAAAAAGGGGCCGAAAAAAAUCACUUCAUUCAAUAGCUGAUAUAUUUUUCUAGUGUCAAACUUUUGCACCACAUGGUUAUCUGGUUGCACCAAAGCUGAAGUUUGUAGGUUGCUUGCGCUCGAUAAGGCGCCCGAAUUUGUUUUUACUGGAUUUCUUUCAUGCUACUGGUUUGGCAUAAGUUAUUUUGAGAGAAUGCGAUAACUAAGAAAAUAAUCUAUAGCAAUAUUUAUGAAAGAAACCAAAAUAAAAUUAAGACGAAUUUGUAAAUAUCUUAUUAUCCACUCCCCACAGGGUUUUUCAGGGAUAAUUUACAACACUGGUUGGGGGACUUUGCCAGACUGCUUAAGGUGCAGUUUACAAGUACUGAAGGAAUGACUAAUGAUGCCCCCAUGCAUGAGUGUGAAAGUGAGAUAGACCACUACACCGGGCACUACGUGCCCUACUCUUUACGAAGAGUGUGUGGGUUCUUUAACGUCCCACAGAUUUAUUACAUGUGCAAGGGCUUGUGAGACGGGGCCUACGGUUCAAAGUCCUUAUCCGAGAAGACUAGAAAGUCUAACCAUUUGCAGAUGUUAUUACAAAGGCAGCACUUUCUCCUCAGUUAUUUAAAGACCCUGAGUGUUGGUCCGGCCGGGGUUUGAACCUACGGCCUCCCGCUCAGCAGACAGGCGCUCUCCCAACUGAGCUAACCGGGCGGCGGUCAAAAAGACGUCAUUAUUAUCAUUAACACUAGAACGGACAAAUAAAAGUUUAGUCCGACUCCGUUCAAUAAUUACUUUAUUAUCAGAGAAAACAAGAACUCAAAACAAAAGAUGGGCGGGAUUUAAUGACAAUCUCGGCUUUGAUGACACCAGGCACGAAUACCCGGAGCUUUCGGUGCCCAGAAACUAAACAUGCCUUAAAACGUACUUUCAUUCUAGAAAAUGCCUAUUUAAUUAUUUUACAUAGUUGUUCUUUGGUUGAAGACUUCAAUAAUUUCAGACUGUGCGGCUCGGCUGCAUCUCAUGCAAACACGAAACUUCCAGCUGCUAAAUACAUGGCAUGAAAAUUUGGACUUCUAAAAGCCAUCGAACUUGCUUUCGCUCCCUGAUUCUGAGAAUGAAAAAAAUAAUAAUAAUAAAUAGAGUUGUUAACUUGCUGCCAACCUCAACAGUAUGAUUAAGCUUAUGUUUCAUGGGAAUAAACUCAGAAGAACUUCAUUUCAAAACACGGUAAAACUUACUGGUAAAUAAAACUACAAAGCGAUAGUGUGUUUUCGUUUUCCAAAUAAAACUCGAAGCGGUUUUAAGACAUUAAGACUGAGAAAUUGAAGAACCGAAAAUAAGAACAAGAAUUCACAAGCUUGCAAUGAUCACUUUUUAUGUCUUAGUUUCAGCCUGGUCAAGUGAAAAAUGGCAGUCAAAAACUUUGUUUUCGUGAAAGAAAAUCAGUUUACCUGACGCUCAAAUUAGCCAAAAUUACACAAGUUAUUAUCAACGUACCUUUUCUGAAUCUAAUCGACUAAUUGUUUCAGUGAUCUGUGCCUGGUUAUCCAUAAAAGCAAUUUCAAUAUUUACAAAAUAGUGAAAAACACCAGCAGCAUGAAGUAGAACAACUGAACCACAAGCUUCACACAGAAUGAAGCCUAGCGCGCUCGGGAGACUAUGAUCUGACUUGAAAGUGUGACUGAAAAAGUGACCAGAAGCGCUCAACCUGACGCAUGCGUAGACGUUUUGCCGCGGUGUUCAUUUCGACUGGUUUGCGCCACAUUUUUGACAUCGUCUCGUCACAAAUUUCCACUAUAAUGGAAUCAUCCAACGCCAUCUUGGAGCACGAACCAACCAAUCGGCUAUAAGAAAUCAGCCCACGUGACAUAAGUUUCCUAUCCAGUCUUUGUAUUAUCCAUGGUAAUUCCAAUAAGUUGCUGAAAAUUUAAUCAAGUUCCUCCAAAAAUCAAACUUGCUCCAAAUGCCAAAAGUUGCCGGUAAGUUGCUCCAAAUAGCAAAAUUUGCCAAAAUGUUGCCUUGCAGCUUGUGGCUCCUAGAGGUGAGAAACUGGGGACGAGUCAGAGACCGACAAUUAAAAUUUCGAUGGCCCCCUGACUCAAAUUUUACAAUUACAAUUAAUUAAAAUUUAUAUAGCGCAAUUUUCCAUGUAGCAUGUUCAAAUGCGCCGGACAAUAAGUUAUAAAAAAUAAAAAUGAUUAAAAAAUUUGCAACUAUUAAAUUUAAAGACUAAAAUGAAUAAAAAUGUAUCAAUCUCCCAUGCGGGAUAUAUAUGAUACAGGAGUAUGAUCAACGGUCUUAGUCAUAAUAGUGGCUAAUGUUAAAAAUCCUUGAAAUGUUGAAAUUAGAUAGGCCAUUUUUAAAUGACUGAGUUGAGGUUGCACUGCGCAACGUUAAUGGUAAUGAGUUCCAUUCGGGGAUUAUGCGUGAGAAAAAGGAAGACACGUAACAGUUGGUAUUUGAUUGUAGUCGAAAAUAUGGCAGAUGAGAAGUAUGAUGUCAUGAUUGGCGACCACUUGGCAGUAGAGGUGAAGUGGAGAUAUCGACAAAACCGUGGACAAUUUUGUACAUAAGCGUCAGGCGGGCUAUCGCCCCACGCUCCUCAAGCGACUGCCAACCGAUGUUACUAAUCAUAUUCGUUACGCUUGACUCUCCAUGCUAGUCUCCACUAACAAAGCAAGCUGCUCGUCGCUGUACCUUCUCAAGUGAUAAGAUGUCACCCUUCUCGUAAGAAUCCGAAAUCGGGCUACAGUGGUCAAGCUGCGGUCUUUACAAGGGUCUUAUAGGCAAUGUUCUUGAUAUAGGGUGAACAUGAUUUCAGGUUACGGCGCAGUAAGCUGAGAGUCUUAUUCGCUCUGGUGGUAAUUGAGUUGAUAGGGUGACUCCAGUUUAAGUCGUUAGACAAAUCAACUCCCAAAUAACUCUGUUUGGCAGAUAUCUCCAGGGGUGUGUCUUGUAAGUAGUAUAAAGUUCCUAUAGAGAAUGUUUCUUGCGAGACAUGUGGAUAACGUAAAACUUGGAUUUAUUAAAUUCCAUCUGCCAUUCGCUCUUCCAGUCACAUAAAAGUGAAAGAUCUUCUUGUAGUUUAAGGCAGUCAUUUGGGGAAUUGGUGAUUUUGUAGACAAGACAGUCAUCUGCAAAGAGUCUCAUUUGAGAGUCAAUGUUACCAUGUAUAUCGUUGAUGAAGAUCAGGAAUAAUAAAAUCGUCUUCUCUCUCAAGGUGUCGAGGAUAAUGUGAUAUCCAAAGAGUGGCCUGAACGCUUGUGGUGGACAGCCACUGCCGUUGUUGCCUAUCUUGUGAUCACAACGUGUCUAAAGGUUGGAUCUCCUUAUUAUACCCGGCCAGGAACGCAUAAAGGCUCAUGGGUCCCAUAGUGUCAAACAUCGACAGCAUUUCACACCCCACGGCUAGGUACUUGGCGGACAUCCUGAGUCCAAUAGUCGCUAACACACCUCGUCAUGUGAAGAACAGCGCAGAUGUUGCUUCCAAACGUCGGGACCUAUCGGUGACACCGCGGGCCAGAAACUAGUUUCUACGGCAAAAAAUAACAACACCACUCGUCAGCAUGUUCUACACUGUCAUGAAACACACUUAAAUUAGCCAAUAACAAUCCUUUUUAGAAUGGGCCAAAUGACUUGAAUGGUUAAAGUAGACAAAAGCAGUCAAAGCAAAAGCUAUUACAAAGUGUAACGAGCUUAAGUUAGCGUUCUGUGAAUUUGAACUCGGACGAAAAGUACAUUGUUCAAUUGAUUCCGGCUUAAUUGUGUCCAAUUAAAAUCUAGACGUUUUUAAUUUGGCAAUUGGAAAACAAACUGCUCAAAGCUUGUUGUUGGGACUUGACAAACUGCUGCGCAGUGUUGAGCUAAGAAUGAACAAAAGCCGUGUUCACAGCAGCGAUAGUAACACUCUGGCCUCCUUUUCUACACUGCUUGUAUCUUCAAUCCCUCCUGGAUGCUUCUCAGUGGCCUCGUCGUGGGUCAUUGGAACAUAUUCUUGUCCGCUUUCGUCUAUCAAGAACUGGAAGCUUUCCUUUGACAGUUCUCGUUGAUCUUCGUGGCCUCGGCGACACCAGUACAAGCUAAUAUGGAGCCAGACAUUUCGCAGAAGACCCCAAGGAUUGUCUCCCCGGAUUACAGUUGAUGACUUUAACCUUUUUAGGUCAGCUGCUGUAAUUGAAGUUUUGUGUUUAAAGCGUUUUCUUAGUUCUCGCGUUUAUUUCGCUUUAUCUGACUCUGUAGGAGCUUAUUAGACAAUUGAAACUCGGUGCCUUUUGUAAUAGAAAUUCCUCUGUUGAACGGCACAUUGUUUUACUACCUUUCAAAAUCUAAGGAGGAUUCUUUUGUUCGGGCUUCUGCGUAAAAUUGGCGGAGUUUGUGGUCAAGUUCUUUGUUUUUGAUCUCGUGAGGGUAGUUUUUCGCAACUUUUCUCUCACGACAUCACACUAUUGGGAGAAAAAACAAAACAAAACCAAAAAAACGAAACAACAACAACAAAAAACAACUUAAAAAAAAAAAUUGAAUGAAAAAGCCCCUUUUAUUUAUGCAUCGAUGAUAAUUUUCGUAAAAUGUUAUCUUAUUUAUAAAAUAAUGUGAGUCCGCAAACUAAGUAUAAACUAUUUACUUUCAUUAAUUGUUUUUGCCGAAAAAUGUAUCAAACGAGGGUUUCCAUAUUUAAGGUGUUAAAACUGUAUUUAUUUUACUUUACAACCAAACACUUACCCUCAAAAACAUGGACAGACCCUUUGGUGUUGUCAAUGGUAUUUUUCUGUUUCUGCUCUCGAGAUAAGUUCGUCUAUUGAGGCGCUGGACUUGCAAAUCUCCCGACCUAUCCAAUCGAACAAAACCGAACAAAAAACCAAUCGAACCCAAUCGAACUCCAAUCGUUCGAUUGGGUUGGGCAAUCGAACAAAAUCGAACACCUAUUUUUCUGUGAGUUCGAUUUUCGAACCAAUCGAACCAAUAUAAUCGAACAAAAUCGAACAAAAUCGAACUAAUCCAAAUGUUUGACCACAAGCGAAUCCUAAUUGGCCGAAGUUAAUUGCCAACUGUUUGGUGGCUUAAAUUUAAUGAGAAUUCCUAAGCGAGUCGGAAAAGUAACUGUUUUCACGAGAUUUCCGGUUGAAAGUCGCUAAGCGACUUGAAGAAUCGCUCGUGAAAACACGGCCAUUUUCUCCUUAAAACCCGGUGAAAACAAAAUCCGUUUAGCCUAAGUGCCCGUAAGUGGGAUCAUAACUCACCAUUUCAUCCCGUCCUUAAAGGGCCAAAGUGGUGAGACCAACGUCCGCUCAAGAUGUCCUAACUGCCCUUUAGUGUUGGUAACCUUGAAUGCUCUUCCCUUAGAGCCAAUCUUCUUAAAUAUAAAGAAUUCUUCUCCCACAUCAACAGUAAAAUUACAUUCUUGGUAACCUUUUACACUGCAUGUAAUUUCAAUACAUGCAGUGUCCUCCCUCUCCUCCGUGUUUGACAUUUCAGACAUUUCAGUCCUGGGUUUCAGUGCUCAGCAAAAGCCGCGUAAAAAGGGAAGGGAGUUAGCGGUGAUUUCACUUUCACCUUCGGAAUUUUCCAGUAGCACGUGCCUAUCAUGCGAUGCGGCGUCCGUUAAUCGAACGUUCGAUUAUACCAAUCGUUCGGUAAUCGAACGUUCGAUUGGGUUCGAUUGGCAAAAUUUUAUUGUGAAUUCGAUUAUGUUCGAUUGAGUUCACAAAUCGAACGAUUGGUGUUCGAUUGGGUUCGAUUGCCGAACUGUUCGAUUGGAUAGGUCGGGAAAUCUUUGUUUGUUUUUGUCACCACUUCGCUCGGUGUUUCCGUUGGUAACUUCGUCGGAAACUCCACUUUCAAAAAACGAUCCGCGAGUUGUUCGAACUAUCAUUGACAGUAAAUUCUAUAUCCAUUGAAGCUAACACUUACAGCUCGUUUUCCUUUUCGUCUUCUUGGUCGAAAAAGACGUCUGGGUCAAAUGAAAACCCGAGAGAAAAAAUCGGGAGUUCGUCUGACAUUUUAUAAACAUAGGCAGAUGGCACUACAACUUUUGUUACGUGUUCUAUAAUGACAUAAACUACGCUUUUUAACCAAUCAGAGUGCGCGCUAUAUCUGAACUUUAUUAUAAAUAGAGUCUAUCACAGGCAUUCAAAAUAAGACUUCUUCUUAGUCUUCACUGUCCCUCCUUAUUUACAAAAUAACUUUCAUGCUCACCCUACCUAUUAAUUGUAAUUGUAAUUGUUGAUAUAUUAAAGAAUCCCUAAGUUUGAAACUUUGUGAGAGUCCCAUAUGAGCUCUCAUACCACUCUUGUGAUUGUUGAAGCGUAACCUAAACCUUGUGUUGGUAGAGCCUACGUACUGAAAGCGUCAUACUAUACAAGAAGGAAAAUACACAAUAUUGCUGGAGUUACAAUUAAGCUCGCCGUGAUGGAGUGUGUUCUUCCGGUGGUUUUCGAUGUGACCGUGCUCCCAGUAUGAAGCUGUUUGCCCACCUGACACCGUCUACCCCCCGCACCUUGCUGCCGCAGCUUUCCUCAAGCCUCCAUCUCCUUUUCCUACGCGAACCUGUCUUCUUUGCUGAUAAAAAAGUGCAAAAUCAGGGUUUGCAAUUAAUUGCUUAUUAUCUGAUCCGCUGUCUGACGAUUUAAAAUGCCUGAUGCGCUUUAUGCUAAAUAUGUGACUAUCACAUCACAUGUACAUAACAAGCCCUGAUGUCACAUACCCCUCAUAUCCGGAAAUUCUCGUCAAGAAAUAAUUAGCAUGACGUUAUAGCAAAAGAAAUCAGUAGAAAUGUACAGAAAUGCAAGCUUUAAAACAUACUCUGGUAUAGAACGUUCAAAUAUGGUGGCUUCAUUUUGCAGGAUCGCCUUUCUCGGUGAGAAGCGCGUUAAACAAGAUCAGUCCGAAUGCGAGGACACCUUAAGCGAGAACAGACAGUCAAAAUUAGAGGAGGAAUUCUCAUCCUUUGUUGACGGAACUAGGAUGGAUGCAUGCGACAGGUUUCGUGAGAUAUAUAAACCUAAGGACCAAUUUACUGACGUUCACUGCCAGCGAUUGGCCUGUCUUAUAUUCGAGGUGUGUAGUAAUUCGUGUCUCUAUAUUGACCUCAGUAAUUAAAAAAAAAACAAUAAUGUAGACUCUGUGACUGAAACUUCCAUUGAAUAUAAUUGACUGCAUGGCAUUAUGACCCAACGGAGGUGUGUUGGAAUCACAGAAACUGAUACUGAUCCGAGACUCUUGUAAUUUUAAUCCACCCGAAAUAUCCAAUAGUUUGUCUUCAUGUGGCUAAAUGAAAUUAUUGUUACGUGAUAAAUCUGAGCCAGCUAAUAGGCCACUUCCGAGUUCCAAAAACCCUCACUUUCAAAAUGAGGCCAAGGGCACAACCUUUCUUGCGGAAAUGCGUUUUAUUUGCAUGAGAAUGAAAAAUAAUUUCCAUAUCAAAGGCGGAGCACUUAACCUCGUUUUGACACAGAGGCCUGGGGGAACUCGCAAGUGGCCUAUUUGCUAAAGAUUAUAAAAAAGAGUCGAAAGCUACAUUGUUUGUAUGACUUUAUUAACCUUUUUAAUCAAUGCUUUUUUUUUUUUUACUAAAAUUUGUGUUCUAAUUGUCAAAACAGGUGUCAUAUGAACGAAUGAAUGUAGCAAAAGAAGCCUUAGUUGAGUUCUUUAAAGAAGUAUCCAAAGGCUUGAUACAAAGCGCUCCAAACAUGAGUUUCGAGUUUACUAGGAACGAAAAUUUUUUGGUAAGUUUUAGUCAUAAACGGUUCUGAGUUCAGCUCAGUUUCGGCAACCGUAAGUAACAACUCUUCUUUGGAAAAAGCAUUUUAAUUAGAGCUCGCUACUUUAAGAAGAAGGGUGGGGUCUUCGUCGUUUUCGUGGGGCAAGACACCUUAUACAAAUUAAAAAUGCUGCAAAUGAACUUUCUUUUAACAUAAUUAAAUCCUUUCAGUUUUCAAGUUCUUGCCACAGUUUCAUAUAGCUGUCACGUGUUUAGCUACACGGUGUUCAUAAUUAGAGUUGCUUCAGUUCUUCUAUUUCUUUGCUGAGCCCUUUUAUUCCUUUCUUACUAUUGAUUUUAUAGAAACAAGGAAUUUUCUUUACUUAUCCCUUAGGUGAACUCUGACUUAACCAAAAAUAGAAACGGCUUCUUUAGUUAAGGGAUCUAUCGCACAUUUUCCAGUGCAAGAAUUACUAUAAUAGUAACGAGAAAGGUUGUUUGGCUGCUUUCCUUAGGCCUGUUCCCAAAGAAAACAAUUAGUUCCUUGAAGUCAAAUUUUCUAUCAGAUAUUGUGAUGCAUAAUUUAUACAGAUACUCUUCUUCCGGGCCCGAUAAGAAAACAGCUGUAAAUGAGCUUACGACGAACACAAAAGUCCGCCCUGGAUUUUUCUUAUAGGUUUCAGUUCCCUUAGAGAGAAAUAUUGACCAUUAGAAAUAAUGAAUUAAAAGAGCUAUCAAACGGUAAAAUUAAGAGCCGACAGUUCGGUGAUCGGGAAGAAUUCUUUUCAAAGCCUACUUUUUGUACUGUGAUCAAACUUGUUGCAUAAUUAUUAUUUUUUGUUGAACAUCAAGACUUUUAGCUUGACGUCUAGCUUUUUUUUGUUUCAUUUCAGGUGUGUUUGCGGAAUAUUUUUUCUUAAUUUCCAGCGCCUCUUUCAAAACGUAAAUGGCAGAGAUAUGAAUAUUUCUGUUUGAUGGCGAAGAGUUCAUUACAUAAAAGAGUGUAAUUGCUUUUAUUAUGACUAUAUAAGAAACGGAGGCUGGCUUCGCUUUUAGCCCUGGCUAAAUCAUUUUAUUUAGAUUGGUUUUGGAACACUAAUGUGGGGGCCGUAAAGUCUAUAACGUUAUUUUUAUAUACGUUUAAAGAGAAAGAUAGACCAGAAUAAAAAUCAUUAUUGUCCUUUUCGCGUUUUCAAUGAUCUUUGUUUUGUUUUAUAUGAGUUAAUAUCACUGAUUUUUAUUCCAGGCCAAAGGAGCGCACAGGUACCCGAAGCCUAAUUUUUACGAAGUGCGAUUUCCUGUGAGCCUCAUGAGGCAGAACUCGAAUUACCCAAGAGAUGCUGUUGAUGCUUUAAUGCUAGCUGUAAAAGAAACUGCUCACGACUGCGAACUUGACUGUUUUGUUGAGGUAUUUUGUCUUACGCUUAAAACUUUUAUCAAAGUUACUGUUAACUCUAUUUAUACCGGGAUUUUUGGUGCUCCCCUAGGGCUACCUGUCCAGGCAAAAAAAAAAAAAAAAGGUCAGCCUGUCACUAAUUGCAACGGAAAGGUUUCUUUUAAUGGAUUUGGUCCAGAAAAAACGUCCUUCGAUACAUCAAAAGUCGCGGCAAUUCCGAUUGAGGGAAGUUGACAAAAACAGGUUUUUUUUUACAACCCUAUAUCUAGACUCGCCUGUAACGUUACAUGUAAACGAGGCUGGAUGUACUUAUUGCCUUGACGUGUGACUGAUAUACCCCAUAUCCCACAUAUACUAACGUAAACGAUUAAAGAGUAUGUCAUAUUCCUGUCAUUUACACUGUGUAAUUAAGGCCAACUACAUGUCAAUAAUAAUAAAUAACUGUUUUCUUCAUUUAGCACAACGUCACAAAAUAGGCUUACUCCUUGGUUAUGUGGGUGAAGUAUUCACCGUAUUGCAUCCUGUGAUAAUUCCAGAAACUGUGGUUGCCUAAAAGAUGAAAUGUAAAAUACCUUUUACUUAAAGAAAGGUCAUAUCGCACUCACCUUUUGAUUUCCGUAUGUUCCGUAUGUAAUAGUGUUAUGUGCUAACAUUUCAUUAAAAUCUUUUCGUUUAUAAGUUUCACUGAGAGCAGCAGGAUUGAAAGUAAAGAAAAAAGAAAACAAAAAACAACAACAACAACAACAAAUUCUCCUCAGAUGUUUUAGGUGUAGUAAAACUGGAUUAUGUGAUAAGAAUUUACUUCGGCUUUGAUCUCUUCCAACAGGGUAAGGCUUGGUCUUUUAGGCGACGGAAUUAGAAUUUGUUCUAUUUUUACCUCAUUUUCCCCAUAUUUUAACAUGAGAAGGCGACAUGCAGAGAUGUGAUCAGAAAUGAUCGAUCAGUGGUGGCCAUGUUUUAAUGUUAAGAAUUGUUCCUUUAACUUAAAUUAAACUCUUAAUUACCGGUAAAUGCCUUUUUCGUAAGCGACGUUUCAAUAACUGCUUGUGCGACACUUUGAUGAUAGCUAAAUGUUUUGAAACAGUGUUCUUAAUCUUUACAAUGGGUUUAAUUUCCUGAGGAGACCGAAAUUCCACAUGUUCGCUUGUAUACCUAUUUUACCUACUUCCUUCUGCAAGCGCCACAAACUCUGUCGGAUUCAUUAUCGGGCACGUGCAGUUUAGUUCCCAUGGGCAGGCUUAAUAUAAAAAUUGAACCUUUGUAAAUACGCACUGACCGAGAAUGCGAUCUUCAUUAAGGUUGCUUGAACUUAUAUUGUUGAACCGUUACAAGCAUCGCUAUCCCUUCCACCUUUACUUCCCUUAAUUUAACCCUAGAACGUACAAGGGGGGUUGUCAUGAGGUUUUUAUGAGUUUAUUCCUAGACGAUAAAACGUUAGCACCUGACGUUUUCAGUAGCUGUUCGUUUAUCCCUCACGCGUAUUUUGAGACAAAUUUAGGAUGAUGCUAAUGGGGGUACCCAAUUCUUCGUUAGCUGCUAAUUUUUCGGCCAAAUAUCGGUUAACUACUAUUUUUUGGGACCAAUUUUCAGUUAAUUACUAAUUUUGGUUAGCUAUUAACUUUCACUUUCCUACAGCGAAUAUUAUUCCGUCAUAACCCGAAUUUUCUAUACUUCAGCACGUCAAUCACGUUUGGGGGUAGGCCCUACAAAAAUCAGGGUAUAAAUGAAUAUAAAUUCACACAAACUCCGCCACUAGUACAAUUUAUAAGAAACUAAAAUAAACAAAAGAACAUAAUUAUCUAACCGAAGUAGUAAAAAUGGGUAAGCGAUAGCUAUAAAAACACCUGUCAACCAAUUUUUGCUGUAAGUACAAAAUAGAGUUAGUCGUAUAACCAUCAACACAAUGCUAAUUGGAAUUAGGCUACUCAGGUUCCUAAACAGGUUCUUAUUUUUAAAAAUAAGAUAAGGUUUUUGUCAUUGAUGGGUGUGGUCUAGUUUGGGCCUUUUGUUGGUAUUGCAUGCAUAAUAUGUUAUAAUAUAUAGAUUUAGCCAGGGCUAAAAGCGAGGUUCCCAUAAAUAAAUUUAUAAUUUAAAUCAAACAAUAACCUUGUAUUCCACAAUUCAGUCAACUUUAGAGCACAUUGAUGUGACGUUUGAGGAAAAGGUUAAAUGAUUUUAGCGAAAAAUAAUUUGCAAACAGCCAAGAGUGAACCAAAUCUUACAACGAGUUGAUAGCCUCAUAUGUACACCUAAAAACUGGCAAUCAUCUUCCCUCGCAUUCAAAAGCCAUAAUGGCUCUUAAUCACCGUAGAUUAAUUGGGUCUGGAAAAAAACAGUCAAGCUGAAUUUUUUGCGUUCGACAAGUUUACUUUACAAAAUCUUUCCAAUAAAUCUGAGUACGUGUAAACCAACCUUUUAAUACCAUUUCUACAUCACACCUGAGGUGAAACAGUACUAUGAGGCUCUGUUUUUGUCAUACAGACCUCGGACAGAAUGCAGUAUUUCCCAAUUUUGCUAUACAGAUUGCUCUCAUUCAAUAUUCAGGACGAUCGAAGCAUGCGUGAGUUUUUAGCUAAUGACACCUUUAAAAAAAAUUCCAAAAUCACCUGUACGGCCAUCCGGUUCUCACUUUUGCAGUGCGAGAUGUGGUUGAGUGUUUGAAUGAGCAUUAAUAGACUUACGCUCCAACAUAAUAAAGAAUUUAUUAUCAAUGUUUAUUUUUCAAUGGUUUUAGCGAUAUGUAAUCUUCAAAAGCGUUUGAUACGCGUGGCAUUUUGAGUACUCCUGAAAGCAAUGAACGACUGAAAACAAACGGCACAGCGAUUACAAUUACAAGAGAGACUACUAAAAAUCAACAAAAGAAGUAUAAUUCGGUGAAACAUAUACAGAGACAACAAUUUUCAUUCACGGAGACAAGUAUUAAUAAAAGUCAGUGUCUCUAAAAAUCUUGAGUCUUUAAGCUUAAAGCUUAAGUUUACUGAUGUUUUAAGUCCGCUUCCCGGUGUUUGCUUUUUUCAAAGAUGAUUUCUAGGCAAGAAAAUCGCUCAAAUCUUUUUUGUACAGCCAGAAUUAUAACUAAUUAUCCUUUGGAACGUUUUCUUUCUAUUUGCGGCGAGAAAAUGUCUAAAGGCUUUGUAAAGUUCUGUAAACUUAUAUCAAACCUGAUACUCGGUCAGAUCGUUGUCUCGAACCUUACAAACUUGCGUAAACUAAAUAGCCACCUAAACUACGCUCGACUUCUUUAAAUUUGAUAUAAAAACAAACAUCAAAUACAAUAAUUACUCAGGCUUACCAUUCGAGAUGCAGCUCCUGGAAGGUAUCAGGUAAAGCAAGUAUCGCUUCAGACUUUUCAACCCUCUUACGCAUCAAGCAAGGUGAAAAACGAAAACAAUGCCAUCCGAAAUCGGAUUUGCGACUUUGACAAGUGAAGUAUUUCUCAACCAAAAAUCCAAUAAACAAACUAGCCAUGAAUAACAGGAGACUCCUGACAGCAGCUGAAUUUCAUUUUGUACAUCCAGUGGAAAAAGACAGUUAAAAACAUUACAAAGAGUUGACACAAAACUCUGUCAGCUUCAGCUGUUAAAGUAAAGAAGAUUUAAGAUGCUGCAUAAAUUUUCCGCAUGAACUCACCGGUCAAAUUUUGACCAAUCCGAGCAUAAAAAUUGGACCGGAGCGUGACCAACGCGUGACCAUGGUGAGCAAAGUCAAAAGCAACUGCCUUGCCUGUAAUAGCUGGCUGAAUUUUUGUGUCCGAGGUCAGUUUGAAAUCAAAAUUUAAUUGUGCGGCACAUAAACAUAUUUCAUAUCAAUUUAAAAACAAAUCAAACUUGAGCCUGCGAUCAUUUGAAAACAAGUAACUUGUCAGCGGAUAACUUCAAAAAAUACAUGACCUCGAUAGGUCGACACCUGAGCCCGCGAGACGGUCAAGUCGCACUGGUCAGCGGAUACCCUGUUUUGACAGCUGUCAAUUGAUCACAACAUUGUUGUCCAAUUUGUGUGCAUUAUCAGUUUUCCUGUGCUCCCAAACUAGCAAGAAAGUAUGAGAUUGAAGUGACAAACUUGAAGGACACUGUUUUCAACAGAAUUAGGAGAAUCCAAUCUAGGAACUUACCGUCUAACCUCGACACUCGAGUACCAGACCUACCACCGUCACCGACGAGCAGAAUGUUAUCAACGCCUGGUCAGCGAGAGUUUCUCCCUCGAGUUCCUGUCCCUGGAAACAACCACCUUGGCCUGGGUGGAAAACCCCUUUACAAGUAGGUGGUGAAACGUAACGCCACAAAUCCGCCGCCACUGAACAUUAAAACUGUAUUAAAUUUACUAAACCUUUAUGAAACAAUGCGUCAAAACUAAGGUAUUUACAGUUAAUUACUUUAUUUUACAUAUAUCAACAUAUUAUACUAUUAUUAUUUAUUAUAUUAUAUUAUUAUUAUUAUUUUUUUAUUUUAUUUAUUCUUUUUUUGAAAGCUUUGAUCUCCUCUGUUUUGAGCGUACACCCCCUCAUGAUACACCGAUUUGGAAAUGUGUUUCAGCGGUUGCCGUUCGCCUUUAAGUGCAAGUCGUAAAUCAAUACUUAGUCUUAGCUGCUGAAACGUUCAUGGGUUAACUGAUCGUUUAAGAUUUGGGAACAAAUUAACAAACGAAGAAUUCAUCAGUCAUAUAAAUAAACAUGACAUUGUAAUUAGCUGAAUCUUGGAUGAAAGAUAACGUGCAAAUUCCUGGCUUUAACACUUUUUCAAACGCAGCCCAAAAAACUUACAAAAAGAAAACUGGAAGACUUUCAGGGGGUUUAGUCCUAGGGUACAAAAAUUAUUUACGAAAUGGCAUUUCAUUUGUUAAAUCACAUAAUAAUUGUAUCUGGUUUAAACUAAAUCACAAGUUUUUUAAUUUAGAACAAGAUGUUUAUCUAUGUGCCCUCUAUAUUCCUCCCGACGACUCACCGUAUUUUGACCCAUAAUUAUUCUCUAACAUUGAAACAGAUAUAGCUUUAUUUCACAGAAAAGGUUUAAUUGUGUUAGCCGGUGACUUUAAUGCUGCGCUAGAACUGGUAAAGAAAAUGAUUUUAUCACGGAUGAAAGUGGCAAGUUUAUACCUUCUGGCGGAGACAUUCCUCCACCACCCAAUCUCACUAAAAGACAGAACUUUGAUAACAUUAUUGUCAACGAUCAUGAAAAACAAUUACUUGAUCUUUGUAAAACCUGUGAUCCAAGGAUUCUAAACGGCCGAUCUAAGGGAGAUACCCUAGGAAAAUUCACAUUUCUCUCUAUUAAUGGAAUAAGUACUGUAGAUUAUAUUAUCGUUAGCCAUACCCUGUUCACUUCGGUUCAAGGUUUCGCCGUAAAGCAACCAAACAUAUUUCCAGAUCACUCUCAAAUUGUCUGCUGGAUCAAAACUGGUACAGACCUCUCAAAUAAUAAUAUAGUAGAGCGCAUAUGUGCUUGAAUUGUUCACUUUCUGUUAGAAGCAUGAAAUUUGGCAUGAUGAUAGUUUUCAAGGCCCUACAAAAGAUAUGAUAUGGUGCCAUCGCCAAAAAGUCCGUUAAGUGCGAAAAAUAGGAGUUUUAAAAUGGCGGCCAUUUUGAACCGGAAGUGAAAUGGACAGUUUCUUUAAAACGUCUGAAUUUUAACAACUUGGAUAAAAAAUGUCAGCAAAUGCCUAAGGCAGUUGUUUUUUCAUACAAAAAAAAAAAUCAUUUCAACGCAAAUUGUCUACAAAAAAAAAAAAAAAACACAAAUGCCAAAGGCAGUUGUUUUUUAAUAAAAAAAAAAAAAUAAUUUCAACGCAAAUUGUCUACAAAAAAAAAAAAGAAUAGAAAAGAUAUGUAAGUGGCCACCAGCUAGACCUGAAGUAAAACUACCAAAGAUUAAACUUCUGUUGUGCCUGCUGGUUUUCUUUACUUUAAUAUUUACUAAAAUGGAUACACUCACUAAACUAUUUUCAUCGUGUAUAACCCAUUACUAAAAUUAAGCUUACUUUGGCUAUGAUACAGAAUACCGAAGAAUUAACCGGUGAUGUCUCGGUGACGUAAUGACUUCAUACUUCAUGCAGACGAGUGUUUAUAAUCGAAAAAGAGUUUCGGAUUGCCCUUCAUGUUUGUCACUAUUCUGGGCACUUGCACAGAGUUAUGCACCACAGGCUGAUGUUGCGAAAGGCACAGCCUCCUCCAACAGCCUAUCUUACAAGCGUACUUCAAUAGUUCCACGUUCAACUUUGUAAUUGCUGACAGUGGUAUGCAGGGGAGUCACCACCCUCUGCUUAGAGAUAUCCAGCCCCAAUCUUGCAGACUAGGAACCGAUAUGCUUGGUACCAGUGCCUGACGCCAUAUGUGGCAGCAUGGUUUGCCGUGCCCUUGACAUCUUUAAGUAAUGCAGGCGGCGUCGUUGACAGUAAAGAACUACUUUUUCUAUCACGUACAAGGAGGUGUAUGCGCUCAGGAGUUGACACAAACCACUCCGACUCUUGACUUUGAAAUAUACCCUGAGUGGCUACUAUUCUUGUUAUACUAGUUCUGGCUCGAUAUGAAGUACUUAAAGCUCAUAAAGAGGAUACAAUCAAACCCCGCUAAUAUGGACACUAAGGGAGCCAUAGAAAGUGUCCGUACUAACGGGGUGUCCGUAUUAAGUGGGUGCCUGUCACCGGCGGGGCUCGACUGUAUUCCUUUCUCAGUCCAAUCUUGCUUAAGGCAACGGUUGCUUACCAUUAUACGGGCAAAACAGUCGGUUCACAGUUUGGGUAAAUGGUAAGUAAAAUUCAGAACUGGCAAAUUUCGUCCCAGAAUCGCGUUUAUCAUUGGUAGGAAAUCAGUUCCAUUUACCAAAAAACGACCACGAACUGAAACCAGUGUCAAAGAUGGCUUUGAAGAAAUAGAACACGAAUUUCCUUUUGGAAUAUUCCGUCCGAAUACAGGACUACCUUUUCAGAUGUUACGUUGCUCCCGGAAAGUUUCCACUGGAACGACCAAGAAAUUCGCGUUCCAAUUACUCUACAAACAGAUUUCCCGGAAACGUUUUGUAAAUGCUAGCUUAAGUUUUCGUAUGUUUGGCCUUUCCUUUGCUCAAAAAUGUGAAUCACUGUUUCACAUUUUUUUAAAAUGCACUAAAUGAAAUGCUUUAGUGAGUUGCAUUUUCCAUUUUAUCCCGCUUUUACUUGCGGUUUUCUCAUUUAAAGCGCCAUUUUUGUAACACAGUUGAUUUUUUAUACGAUAUAAAUAUCUGGAAAAACAUAUAACAAAAAUUUCGUCGUCAUUUUGACCUUAACAUGCUAAAUUUCGUGUACUUUCGGUUGGAUGAUAUUUACUUCCAGUCAAAAUGGCGGCCAGUUUAGUAAUCACUCCAAAAACCGAUUUAACAGGAAAAAUUUUCGAUGGCACAUAUAUCACAUAUUAAUAGUCAUGAUUAGUUCUGUCAUUCCAGAAAAUUUGGUGCUUUUAACAAAAAGUGAACAAUUCGGCCCCGAAUCUACACAUAUCCGCCCCACUAAUAACUGUUUUCAAGAGAAAAACAAAAGUAAGCUUCCACAACCUUAUGCCUGGGACGAAACGUCUGCAGCAAAAUUCACUGCUGCCUUUCGUUUCAAUGAUAUUCUGUCUUUAUUACAUCUCUUCGAAAGUACAAACUUCGAUUUAAGCAGAACAGAUGUUGAAAAUGCUACCAAUCAAUUCACAAAUAUUAUGACUGAGGCAGCAAAACGUUCACUCAAAUUAAGUAACCAAAAGAAAUCUAAAAGAAACCCAAUUACUAAGAAGUGCUUUGAUUAUGAUUGCAAAACCUAAAGAUCUUCACUUAAAAAGUUUUCUAACAAAAAACACCGCAAUCCUCUGGAUAUCGAACUCAGAAAAGAAUAUCAUGUUCAAAAUAAAACCUUUAAAAAACUUAUAAAACACAAAAAAAACAGCAAUUUGUUGACUCUAAAGUAAAUGAGCUGAUUAGUAACGAAAAUGACCGCAAAUUUUGCGAUACUCUAAAGUCAAUGACGAAAACAACUUGUCUUGUAAUAAUAACGAAAACCCGACCAAUAAACUUUAAUAUCAUUUUAAAACGCUACACUCAGCACCUGAUCCUUAUACAUUAUCUGCAUUUCAAAUACACAUGUUACACGAUAAAAAGCGUUUGGAGGACAGCAACCAAAUGAAGAGAUUGAUAAAGCAAUUAAAAAACUCAAAAACAAGAAGGCCGCUGGACUUGAUGGAAUACGCAAUGAAAUGAUUAAAACAAGCUCAAGCUUUAUAAAAUAUCCACUUGAGAAACUUUUUAACCUGAUUCCGCAAUCUGGAACAUUUCCUACAUCAUGGAGUAAUGGAAUAAUCACUGCCUUGCAUAAAUCUGGAAACAAAGAUGACCCUUCAAAUUACAGAGGUAUUUGCAUAGAUAAUUGUCUCGGCAAAAUCUUUUGUUCUAUUUUAAGUACGAGAUUAUUAAACUUUUCAAACAAUCAUAAAAUACUUCAUCGCUCCCAAAUUGGCUUCUGCCCGGACAUCGUGCGUCUGAGCAUAUCUUUACUUUAGGAACGUUAAUAGACCAACAUGUUACCCACUCUCCCAGAGGUAAACUUUAUACUUGUUUUGUUGAUUUUAAAAGGGCAUUUGACUCAAUUUGGCACCAAGGUUUACUAUACAAACUUUUGAAAUAUAACAUAGGAGGCACCUUUUACAAAAUAAUUUCCAGCAUGUAUUCUCGUUCAAUAUGUUGUGUGAAAGACAAUUAUACUCGAUCAGAACUUUUCAACUAUGUUAAAGGUGUACGACAAGGUUGUACUCUAUCGCCGCUUCUAUUUAACUUUUAUCUAAACGAACUACCCUUCAUUCUAAAUAACAAUGCUAAAGAUUCUAUCUUACUACCAGAUGGUUCUCACUUAAACUGUCUACUUUAUGCCGAUGAUUUACUUCUAAUAUCUACCUCGGCAGAAGGUUUGCAACAAAGUCUUGACAGACUAUCAAAUAAUGUCAGAUAAGAUUAAUCCAACUAAAACCAAACUUGUUGUAUUUCAGAAGAAAAGUAGAAAAUCAGUAAUAGAUAAACACAAUUUUAUGGUUAGCAAUGAAAACAUUGAAAUCGUCAAUAAUUAUACCUAUCUUGGAGUGAAAUUUUCUGCCAAUGGAAAUUUUACAAAUCACAGGGAAAACUUAGCAGAAAAAACAAAGAGAUCCUUUUUUUGCCGCUCGUCGUUAUCUAAAUUUUCUAAAAUUACAAAUUCACAUCAUCAGCAAACUGUUCAAUACACUAUUUUCCCCAGUUUUAACGUAUUGCUCUGAAGUUUGGGGAAUCUAUGAUAAAAGCGAUUAUAGCCGGUGGGAUAAAGACUCGAUUGAGAAAACGCAUAUACAUUUUUGUAAGAUGUGUUUAGGUUUAAACAAACGUUCACCGAAUGUUGCAUCGAGAAAUGAACUUGGUAGAUUAUCUCUAAAUUUACAAAUAACAAUGAACAUUUUCAAGUUUUGGAUUCACCUUGAAAAUCAACCCCCUGACAGCAUCGCUAAACUCUUCUUAAACAUAUCGGGAAAAAUGGCCGAAGAAAACAAAUCAGGUCUAAUAAAUAAAAUAAAUCUUUUGAGUACACAAUUUAAUAUUCAUAAACAAUCAGUUAACUUUAAAAACCCUUCUACUUUCCUAUCCAAAGCUGAGAAUAAUUUGUCAAAACAUCUGAUAAACCACCAGCUAAACUUGAUAAGAACAAAUAAAAAAAUAAAAUUCUACUCCAUCUUUUAAAAUGAAACAAAUCACUCUGAAUUCAUCAAUCAUAUCGGGAAUCCUGAACAAAGGCGUGUAGCUUCCAAAUUUAGGAUAGGAAAUCAUAAUUUAAAAAUAGAAACUUGAAGAUUUACAAUCCCCAAAACUCCUCAAGACCUUAGAAUCUGUGAUCAUUGCAACCAAAAUUCGGUUGAAAAUGAACUGCACAUAUUAUUUCACUGUGAUCAACACAAUGAUUUGAGAAAGACUCUUUUUAUUAAAAUCAACGACCAAACAUUAUUUACAAAUUACAAUAUCCAUGAUAAAGUCUGUUUUCUUUUUAACAAUACUGAUUCACGUAUCAGCAGGCUAGAUGCUAAUUUCAUCUUUCAAGCAUUUAAAAGACGAAAGAAACAUAGUUAAUUCUACCGUUCCAUCAUAUCUUCAUUUCCUUAAAUUUAGCUGUUUAUUAUUGUUAUUUUAAUCGGUAACACCUGUACAAAAUGGUAAUACUGAAUAAACUUGUUGUUGUUGUUGAACAUUGAUCGCGAUCUAGUAAAACAACUGGUCAGCGGACAGCUUACAAAUAAAUCACGUCACGUCGAUGAGUUGACACAUGAGCCCGCGAUAUGGUCAUCUGAUACUGGUCAGUGGCUAUCCUGUUUUGACAGCUGUCAAUUGACCAUAUUGUGAAUGUCCAAUGCACAGAUGUGGAUUUACCAAUACACGCCUGAGACACCCCUCCUUUCCUUUUUAUAGUCUCCCUUCCCCACCCGUACAAUCUGUAGACGAGUACGUACGUACGUACGUACGUAGCUCGGUCAAUCACGUGACAACCAAACGAAAAGAGGUUGGCCCCGCUACAAAUUCCCUGAAUCCAAGCAGGUUAAAGCGUUGUCAGGGUUUUAUCUUCAUUCUACUAACUCGUAGAGCUUGUUUUAUUAAAUUUGCGUAUUCAGUGUUUGACUGAGUUUCUCAACAUAAGAACCUGUUUCAAAAUUGUAGGCUAGAACAGGUUCUUCUGUAAAAGGGGUCUAAAUGGACAAUCUUAGCCUAACAGGUUAUUAAAAUCUAGGUUCUUAUACGCCGAUUCUUACUGUAUGACACCAGCCUCAUAGUUCCAGACGCACUAGUCAUGAUCUCGUACUGAUCCUUCCUACCUGGUCAUGCAUGUCCCGCCAAAUACUACUUCAAUGUCAUCUUCUUCGCCACUUUGAUUUUCUGAAUCAGUCUCGUACUUAUCUGGUUGCUGAAUGUCCUGUAUCUUUCUGUUGGCCUAAGUUUCAAUCCAUUUUCAAUCCUUGCAAUCGCCCAUCCGUUGCAACGGACGACAGGAAACAAUAUCAAUGCCAAAAUAUCGUUGUAAAAAACAAAACUGGGCCAAGUCAAUUAUUACCAAAAAAAGUUUUAACUUUUUAUCACAACUUCAUCUUCUUUUGUCACUGCUUGCACCGAUGGGAGAGACAGUUGAGAGAGCUGACAAAGGUAUGAAAGUAUUUGACACGGAACAACUGUACUUUUCGUGAGUGUAGCGCACUUCGAAUUCGUAGUUCUUUUAAGAGAUUCCUUCACUGUGGUUCCAAAGUCUUGGGCGCAGUUCAAAGCACUAAAUGUUUUGUGUUGAAGUGAGAAACCGCGUGUAGGGUUUCCACCUGCGUUGUCAGAAGUUUUUUGUACCUUGAUACAGACUUUGUCGACAUUCUCUUUUGCGUCCCUCAAUGUUAUCUCUUUCAGGCACGUAUUUCAAAAGCGUCAUAAAGGUAUCCAAAGGUUUUAAGAGAUGAAACUGUUUCAGAAAGACGGGGCUUAAUAGUCUCAAUAGUUACAACCACAACAUAGUUACAAAAAUGAUUUCUCGUAAGUAUAAAUUCCAUGUAAAGAAAGAUGCCGAUUUCUUUGAGCCAUUGGAAUUUCUUUUUGGCCAGAUCCAAUGCCAAGACUCACAGCUAUUUUUGUUUGGGUAGUAACGUUUAACUUGACGAGCUCUUAGGUCCGUGACAACAGUAUUUUCAUUUUCCAAACACAGAAAUAUUGUUAAUAUUAGAAGACGAAUUAUUCGUUGAGUUGUUUACAACCACCUCUAUGACUGACGCUUUCCGUUUGCCAGGCACUGCCCUGGUGCCUUUUGCUAGUAGCAAUAUCAGUUAAUGUGCCACCAGGUCUAAAGCGAGACAGAAAAAAAGUCAGAAAACAGCAUUUCUGUUUGCAAAACUGUGUUGCUUUCAUUAACAUCAACGAUAGUACUCAGCAUAAUCAAUAGAAUUUCACUUAACUGUUAACUUUUCAUUUUUCAGAUAACUACUGUUUUUGUUUGGGACAAAUAUCAGUUAACUGCCAACCCCAUUGGCACCCUCGUUUAGUGAUGGUCAGUUGCUAUGGUUACGAGAUAGUGUGUGUACUGCUAGCUGCGAGUCGCCAAGGUUUCAAAUACUGCACAUGGUUUAUUUCGUCCAAAAUGUACAGAAAUACAGAAGAUAUAAAGAAUUCGAAAUCUACGUAGAGAUAUUAACAGGAACUACAAUCAGUCAAGAAAUGUUAGAACAAACCGUAAAUAAGAAUAAUAUUCACGCACCCGUUGGUGUCUCUCAAAUUUCGCAACUAGUAGUAAUGAUCUUACUAAUCAACGAUUGUUACCUCAUGUCAUUAGUCGUGAUUAUAUCACGCAUGAAUUUCGUGUUAUACCGAAACACUCCCCCGCCACUCGAAAAGGAAAGUUACAUUAAAAAUACAAAAUGUAUUUCAAGUCCAGUUUCACGUAGAGUAUUUCAAUUUCAGAAAAAUUAGUGGUAGUUAAAUUUUUUGUGUCUUUAUCUUCUUCCUUUGGUAUCAAAACAACCAAUUUGUUUACUGCUCGUUCAACGGUAACGAAACCUCUGCCAUGGUACUCGUUGACAGCUUCUCCUGGUUUUGGAUUUUUGUACUGCACUUGAACUUUCCUUACUCUACCAUCUCCUCCAGGAAAGGCUUUAAGCACAGUCCCAAGCUUCCAUUGUCCCCUUAUCUGGUUUGCGUCUUGGAUAAGCACUACAUCGCCUUCACGAAGAUUUCGCUGUGCAGUGUGCCACUUUGGCUGAAUAAGUAAACUUGGAAAGUAAUCUCUGGUCCACUUCUUCCAGAAAUAGCUCACGAUACUUUGAACGAAUUCAAAUCUACGGCGGAAAUCUGAAGUCUCUCUAAAGGGUCCGCUUGGUACUCUUGAUGUCGCUCUUCCUAGCAAUAAAUCAUUGGGACAGAGGUACGUUCCAUCAUGAGGUGAGGUAGGGUGUCUUCCGAUUGGUCUUUCAUUUACAAGAUUUGCCGCUUCAAAGCAAACAGUUUGCAGUUCGGAAAAUGUCAAAACAUGAUCACUGAUUGCUGCUGUUAUUGCUCGUUUUAUGGAUUUGACCAAAGCUUCAGAAACUCCGUUUUGCCAUGGUGCAUCAGCUGGCGCAAAAUCCCAUUUGAAUCCUUCCAUCACGCCAAAUGUUUUGAGUUCCUCUUGGUUCCAACCCUUAACUACAUUUUUUAGUUCUUCGUUUGCGGCGACCAGUUGAGGGCCAUUGUCUGAAUAAAGUUUGGAGGGGAAACCUCUAAUUGAUACAAAUCUUCUGAGGACCAUGAGAAAUUUUUCAGUGCUGUAAUCCGCGGCUAGAUCUACGUGAACGGCACGGGUAGCCAAGCAGUUAAAUAUCACACCAUAUGUCUUCCCAAUAGUUCUUUUCUUCACCUCGUCUUUAAUUUUGAACGGACCAAAGAGAUCGAUAGCUGUGCAGCUCCAUGCAGGUGAUGGCUUCAGUCUUUCCACCGGUAACUUUCCCAUAAUCUGUUCGCUUAAUCUCUUGUCUAAUUUCUUGCAUAUCACGCAGUUGUAUCGGAUGGAUUUCACCAUUUUCAAUAGUUUAAUUAUCCAGAACUUCGUGCGUAUUUUACUGGACGUGGAGAGUACACCGAGAUGUCCUUGUCUGUGGAUAUGUUCAGCAUAGAGACGGGAAAAUCUAUGAUCAUAGGGCAACAGGAUUACUUCAUUUUUAUUGUGACUCAUCUCAAUCCAUCUUUCACCUCGUCCUCCAACCAUGUAUAUUCCUUGCUCAUUUUUUCUAGGGCAUAGACGUUUGUAUUUCCCUUUUUUAAUGUCUGCGUGCAUAUUUCUUUGUGCUUCCAUAAUCCAGAAAUGUUCCGCCUUUGUUACAUCAAGAGGGAUGAGUGGUUUUACUGCGUUUUUGAAUGAAGGUUUUGGUGUUCUUUGGUACAGUAAUAAUACACGGGCUGUCACUCUUAAUAGUUUGUCAAAAUUUGAGUAUCUUUCUAUGUUAAGUCUCGAGGCAAGUGUGUCUGUAUUAUUGAUUUGGCAGGUCUGCGUUAUAUUGUACGCUACUUUGACUUGGUCAGGAAGUUGUUCUUUGGUCAAAGCUUUGUUAAUUGGCCAUUCACUUUCGGGUAAUUCAAGAAAAUCGGGUCCCCUUUGCCAAAUACUUUCUGAGUUUAGGUCAUUUGGUUUUUUGCCGCGAGUUAGCCAGUCUGCGAUGUUGUUUUUGCUUUCUGUCCAAUACCAAUCAUCAGGGUUGGUGUUCUGUUGUAUCUCCCCUACUCGGGUUGCUGCAAAGGUAUUAAAUCCAUAUGAUUCCUUUUGAAUCAUGUUGUGUACUAUUUGAGAGUCCACGAUGUGAUAACACUUCUGAAGCUUAUAUCUGCAAUGUCGUUCUAGAAAUGCUUUCAGUCUUGAGUUUAAUACAGCCCCACAGAGUUCGAUUCUGUCAAUUGAUAAUCUUUUUAUUGGCGCGAGUCGGUUUUUUGAUAGUAUAAGUCUGCAUUUGAAUUGUCCGUUGUUGAGCUUCCAUCUGUAAUAUGCACAUGCCCCAUAUGCAUGGCUGGAUCCGUCGCUAAAGAUAAUUAAUAUUGGAUCAUCUAUCGCAUUCUCUGGCAUUAAACAUCGUUUGAAUUUAACGUCGUUCAUCUCCAGUAGAUCUUGGCAGAAUUGUUUCCAGUCUCGAGUGUACUUGUCCGGAAUAGGGUCGUCCCAGUUAAGCUUCUCGUCCAUUCCCCAUAACUGUCUCAGUAGAAUCUUUGCCCUGACUGUGAAAGGUCCAGCUAAUCCGAGAGGAUCAUAAAUGCUGUUUACUUGGGAUAAAAUUAUUCUUUUGGUAGGAUUAUCCGCAUCGAUUUCUCCCAGCUUAUUUGCAUUUGAUUGGAUACGGGACUUCUUUUUUCCUUUAGCAGUGGUUCUCAACUGAACUUUAUACUCGAAGUCGUCUUUAAUGGGGUUCCAAACAACUCCUAACACUUUUUCUGUUUGUGAUGACACGUCAGUAGGUAUUGUCAAGGUCUUGGAGGGUUCUUUACUAUCAUGGGUGAAGAUCCACUCUUUCAUUUUAAAACUUCCUUCGUUAAGUAAACUUUCAAUAUCUUGGGUGAGGUUCUUCGCUUGUUCUUUAUCAGCCACACUCUCUAUUACGUCGUCCAUAUAAGUGUUUUCCUCGAUUACUUUCGCAGCUUUAGGAUAUUUGUGUUGUCCCAUUUCAGCUGGUUUUCGUAAUGCAACAGUGGCGAUCGUACCUGAUGGUUUAUCGCCGAACGAAACUCGUUGUAUAACGUACGUAUCUGGUGGUCGUUUAAUGUUCAUGUCUCUCCAUAAAAAUCUAUGAGUGUGUUGGUCAAUUGUCUUUGUCUUUACUGUGUGGUACAUUUUCUUUAUGUCACCAAUCAGUGCUAUCUUAUUUUCUCUGAAUCUUAUGAGUAUUCCCAAGAGGUCGUUGAGAAGGUGCGGUCCUUUCGCCCAGUAGUCGUUUAGGGCAUGUCCCAUGUAGCGUGCACUACUAUUGAAUACAAUUCUUACUGGCGUCGAUUUGGAAUCUGGUUUCAAGACUUCAUGGUGCGAGAUAUAGUGAAUUGGUCCUUUAUAUUCUUUUAACUCUUUAAGGGUUAGUUUUCUUGCGACCUCUCUAUCAACCAUAUCUUCAAUUUGUUUUUGAUAGACUUCAGCGUGUGUGGCAUUUUUCGCUAGUCUUUUUUCUGUCGAUAUCAACAUUCCCAUUGCCGCUUUUUUGUUAUCGGGUAACUCUGACGGAUCUCUGAUCCACGGAUAUUCUGAAAUCCACCUCUUCUCUUCCUCGUUGUAUUCUAGUUUGUCCUCGAUUAGUUUUAGUUCUUUUUCUUCCUUGAUUGUGAAGUUUUUACUUCCCAGUGAGCACUUCCCGCAUUUACAUCCACCACAGCGAGGUCUACAUUCUAUUCCAAGGUUUUCUAUAUUAUAGAAAUCUUCAAUUCUGGCGAUUGCGGUAUUAACUUUUAUUUGGUGGAGUUGGUGGCUUGUGGAUUUCUCUCUUAUAGUCGGGUGUGUGCCGCCAAUGCAUCUCCCAAAGCGAUUUCUUAAUAAUACAAGAUGUCCUGAGCUCUGUUCAUUCUGGGGGUGAUAGCUUGCAUAUUCGUAACCGAUUAAUACGUCGACUGUUCCUGAUGGUCGUAAUAUGUCUUCUUUGGAGAUGUUAUUGAAUAAUGGGAUUAUUCCAUCUAUGUCCACACUUUGUAUUUCAGAAGUAAUUUUAUCGAUACCAUAUACAUCGACUUGAACUUCUUGACCUUGUUUGUCAAAUAGAGAAAGUUUGUAUCUGUUAGAUGUGAUUUUUUCAUUGUUGCCGCCUACUUUAGUUACAGAUAGCUCCACUUUUGUUCCUUUCAAAUGUUCAGCUCUUGCUUUGCUGUUUGUGAUAAAACAGAGUGAUGCUCCACUGUCCCAGAGGACGUUGGCCCAUCCGUGCUUUGUAGGAAUUUUUUGUAAUUGUAAUAGACAAGAAUCAAUCAUGGAAUUGCUGCAUAGGCUAGCUGAUCCAGAGGCAUCCUCAGUAGGUUUAUCAAGUUGAUCAUCUUGGUGAAGUGUCUUAUGGUGCCAUUUGGUGCACUCGUUUACGCCGCAUCGUUUUUUCUUUCUACAUUUUAAGGAUCUGUGUCCUUUUCGUAAACAUGACCAACAAGCUCCAUUUUCUUUCAAUAGUUUCAUUUUUUCUUCAAUGGGUUUUGACAGAUAUAGUUUACAGUCGCUUGUCCAGUGAUCUGCUUCUUUGUGUAGUAGACACUUACUGUAAGAUUGAUAAGUGUGUCCGCUGCUGCCUUCUUCUGUCUUUUUGCUUGUAUUGGUAUAGUGUACUGAGCCCUUUACUGUCGGAUUGUUGGUAACUCGUAGCUCUGCGAUGUCGUAUUCGAUGGCUCUUUUCUGGCUGAGGAGAAAGCUAAGGAGACUUGGAAAUUUGUUGGUUUUGUCUACUGUACUGUUGUCUGCGCUGACCAGUUUGGCCCAUUCUUUUCUUAUUUCAGGAGGCAGUUUUCUCUCGAUUAUGCUUACUGAGCUGGUUGUAGUGAUCUCUCUUUCCAAUCCAAGUUUCUUUAGGUCGUUGUAUCCGUCCUCUACUGCGUCAACAAGUUCUAUGAAUUUUUUAUUCUCACCUUCUUUGAUGGGUCUUACGUUCUGUAUUGUAUUGAUAAUAGCGUCAGCAACUUUAGCUGGGUCUCCAUAUUUCUCAUCUAGUCGUUUCCACAUCUCCUGGAUGUCGUCAUCUAUGCUUUUCACUGUGUCAUUCGCUUCCUUUCCCAGGCAAGAUCGUAGAAUGUAGCACGCGCUUUCUUUAUUCACCGUAGGCAUGACUUGUUUCUGAAAGUCCUGCUUGAAUUGAGGAUAUUGUCUUAUUGUUCCGUCAAAAAAUGGCAUCUUGACUUUCUCCAAGCGAAGAGGGGAGCUUUGUUUAGUUUUCUUUUCGUCCUCUAUCGUAGCAGUGAAAGUUUCAAUUCUUUCAAUUGUUUCGUUAUAGCGCGUUUGAAUUUUUCGAAUCCAUUCGAUUUCAUUUUCGGCAGAUGUUCCAUUCGAUAUCUCGAGCAUUUUAGCGUGCGCGCUCUUGCAGUCUGUCAGUGCGAGUUCUAUAUCCUUUUCAGUUUUGCGCAAAGCCAUCAUUGUGUUUUUGCUCUCCACAUCUGAUUCAAUUAUGUUUUUAACAUGUUCAAUUAAAGAUUCAAAGAUUGCUUCCGUGGAUUUUUUCUUCGUAAUUGUCUGUUGAACAAUCCUUUGAAACUCUUCCUCUCUUAGUGUAAUUAUAUGUUGGCGGUUCAAUUCUUCUUGUUCCUUCAGUUCAAGAGCUUUUCUUUCAUUGUCAUACUUAAUAUAUACCGUCGAUGCUUCGUUGUAUUCUUCUUGUAAUUCUUCAAUCCAUUUUUCAUUUGCUGUAAUUUCUUCCUCGUUGAGGUACAUUAGGUAAAUAUCGUGCUUACCUUCAACAGUAGACCAAGCAUCGGUAAGCUCGUCAAAUUUUCUUUUCAAAAUCUCAGUACCUUUUUUCUCGGCUAUUGCUUUGAAGAAUUCAUUCUUUUUUCGUGUAAAUCUUGUUUUUGCGCUUCUGCGUAUCUUUAGGGCGUCUUCUGCCAUCUUCGUCCUAUGAUUUCGCAUGUACUGCUAGCUGCGAGUCGCCAAGGUUUCAAAUACUGCACAUGGUUUAUUUCGUCCAAAAUGUGCAGAAAUACAGAAGAUAUAAAGAAUUCGAAAUCUACGUAGAGAUAUUAACAGGAACUACAAUCAGUCAAGAAAUGUUAGAACAAACCGUAAAUAAGAAUAAUAUUCACGUACCCGUUGGUGUCUCUCAAGUUUCGCAACUAGUAGUAAUGAUCUUACUAAUCAACGAUUGUUACGUCAUGUCAUUAGUCGUGAUUAUAUCACGCAUGAAUUUCGCGAAACAAUGUGAAUGGGGUUAACCGACUAGCGACAAAGGGCGAAAAAUAUUAAUGACUACCGACAAAACGAGAAAAAAAUACCGACUACCGACAUGGACCAAGAUUAUCGAUAUUUGUUUUCAGAAAAAAGUCCAUUUCAAGCCGUUAUUAAUAAGAAGAACCUCUUUAAAUUUAUGACCCAUCAGGUGGUCCAACGGAACGAAUUUCCUCUUUUAUUGAUACAGUUACAUUGCUACAACCAAUAUCAAAAUCACAGAAGUCACACCUUCAAGACACUACCGACUUUAUACAUUUUAUUGAAAAGAUAAAGGUCAAAAAACCGAACGUAGUUGAACGUUUUGUUUCGGUUGGAGAAGUGCUUAGAUUAAUCCACAAAGAAAAUUCUUUCCAGUGUAAUGGAAAGCACUAUCAGUACAAACUCACGGUACCGCGAUAAGCACAAAGACAGCAGUUUCCUUUCCCAACACUUUCAUAACAUUUAUUGAAACGCAAAGUUUAACCAAAGCCUUCUUUAAACCAACUUUUUGAAAACGCUACAUAAAUGAAAUUUUUUUGCCAGACAUCGUAGUUUUGUUCGAAUAAGUAAGCUUACAUCACCCUACUACGAAAUUCACGGUCGAAAUAUCUGACACUGGGAGACAAUCUUUUUAGACACGGUUGUAUACCAAGACACAACAUUCAACGAAAAAGCUCUCCUUGAUGUAAAGAUGCAUUUUUAAACGGAAACCUUCCAGUAUAUACAUUUUCACCUCGUGUCACCCACCAAGUGUUAAAAUGGAUUUGUCAAAGGAAAAGCCUUGAGAAUCCUACGAAGAAACUCCUCUGAAAGUUUGAGGAAGUAUUUCAGAUUUCAAAAAAUGCUUGAUGGACAGAGGCCACACAAUUUUGAAAGCAAAAUUGCUAUCAGAAGUAAAACUCACAGAAAGGAGGGCCGCUCUCCUGAUACAAAAAAAAAAAAAAAAGAAAAAAAGAAAAAAAAAAAAAAAGGAAGAAAGAUAAAUAUUGCCUUUCGUGACACAUUACCAGCCCUUGGUGUCCACUAUAUAAGAAGCUUUAAUGAAAAAGUGGAAUCUUAUGCAAGCCAGCCACUACUUUGCCAAAUUUUUAAAGAACCACCAAUUAUUUCCUUGAGAAAGGAAAAAAAUUACGGCAAAGGGCAUGCUUGUUAUAGCCAACAUAUUUUAAUAUUUUGGCUAUAAGAUGUGCAGCCUGUCACCCGGCCCCUUGCAGUUUUUCACUAAAAAUAAUUUAAGUAUACAAAAAGGCUAGAGUGGGUGUUUUCCUCUGUGUCUAUUAAUUAAUUACUCUUUACUGUACCCUGUAGUCAAUAGGGAAGUCCAGUUCGCGUUUGCAAUAAAAGCUUUAGUGAUUUUAACAGCACUAAAUUGGCAAACAAAGGUUAACUAAACGAUCAUGUUGCCGGCCGGGACAAACAAAAUGAAGUUUAAGUGCAAUAAAAAAUAAUGUAUUCUUACAAGUUUUACUCUUUUUUUUAGGGAUCAAAGUCUUGAAACUGGGUGAAAUACAUAACAAAUAUUAAUCAAGCGUUUAACUGACCAUCAGUUAUCAAGCGUUUUUACAUACCGUAUUUAUUGAGAUUUACCGACAACUGACAAAGAUCGAAACUUUUAACCGACUACCGACAAAGUAACUGAAUUUUAAACGACAACUGACAAGUGGAUCCCCUACCUCCCCCGUUCAGACCCUCUUACGAGAUAGGACGUCAUAAGCAUCAGGUGGUCAAGCCUUUUUUGAGUGAAAAUGAAUGUUUUUUUAACCUCCUUCAACAAUAGAAAUAAAGCUUGUGGAUAAAAUGAUCCGAAGUACUUAUCUUAUGUGUUAUUUUACAUGUUAAGCACUAAAAAACUACUAAUUCUCGCGGUUUUUUACCUGAUUUCUAAUUUAGUAAAAUCCAAGAUGGCGGCCAAGAUGGCAACCAUGUUUGGUGACGUCACAGUCCUCCAGCAGCGCCACCACCCAUAAAAUAUACCUCAUCUUAAUUGUUAAGAAGAUCAAAGGCUUUCCACUGAAGGCAAAAUCGUUUCGAGAUACUCUAACAUAUCAAAACCUCUCGGGAGGGUUCCAUCAACUCCAGCUUGUACCACGAUGGGGGUAUGACUUGCGACGUCCAAGGGUUAAACUGCUGCAUAAAAUUUCAAUUAAACACUCGAUAUGUUCAUGUAUAUUCUCAGGUCGUUUCUUCUAGAGGAUCAAAAAGUCACAUCUGAAUUGCGUUGCCCAAGGUACUAUCCUCUUGAAUGCAUUCAAUCAAUUUAAAGUAAAAUAUCUUCUUGCUCCUGCAGGACGUAAAAGCCAUCAUCCAACAAAAAUGGGACUCGUGGAGAUCUAAGGAUAAAGCGGUUACGAUAAACUACUAUAUAUUAUAUACCUUCCGUUAUGGCCAAGUUUUGGAUGAUCCUAAAGUCGUUUGGUACAUCAGGGAAUGUAUCAAGAUUGUGUGGCGCAUGAUAACCCAGGUUCCAGCUAUGAAAAUUGAGUACCAAUCAACUCAGCUAAGAUACUUCCAUACACAAAAGGGCUGUUACAGAGGGAUGCCCUCCAAAGGUGGAGACCCCAAGGAAGAGAUUGCGUACUAUCUGUGGCCUGCACUUUUUGAUGGUGGGAAUAGGUUGGUCCGUAAAGCAGAGGUGCUCUGCAAGACCGCUUAA